GGCGAGGCCGGGGGCCGAGAGGGAGGCAGAGCGUAGCGGCGGCUCGUGGGGUCCGGGCGGCCGAGGCGGGCGGCUGAGGAGCGGCGCCUGAGGAGGGGGAAACAAAGAGCGGCGGCUGAGGCGGCUGAGGAGCGGCGGCGGCGGCGGCGCUGCAGCAGCGGGCGGGACUGGUAUGGUGGUUUCACAGGGCAGACCCCGCUGCACUCACCGGGAGGAGGAGGCGGCGGCAGCGGCGGAGGAAGGCAGCGCGGCUCGAGAGGCAUGCCCAAAGAAAAAUACGAGCCCCCUGACCCUCGGAGGAUGUACACAAUUAUGUCCUCUGAGGAAGCAGCAAAUGGAAAGAAAUCACAUUGGGCAGAGCUUGAAAUAAGUGGAAAAGUAAGAAGCUUAAGCUCAUCUUUGUGGUCACUAACUCACUUGACAGCUUUGCAUCUGAGUGACAAUUCCCUGUCCUGUAUUCCUUCAGACAUUGCCAAGCUUCACAAUCUGCUAUAUCUGGACCUGUCCCAUAACCAAAUCCAGAGUUUACCGGCGGAACUCGGAAACAUGGUAUCACUCAGGGAGCUCCAUUUAAAUUACAACCAGUUACGAGUUCUACCUUUUGAGCUGGGAAAACUGUUUCAGUUACAGACUUUAAGCCUGAAAGGAAAUCCACUUACCCAAGAUAUAUUGAACCUCUGUCUGGAGCCAGAUGGAACAAGAAGGCUACUGAACUACUUGCUCGAUAAUUUGUCAGGUACUGCAAAAAGAAUUUCAACAGAACAACCACCUCCAAGAUCGUGGAUCAUGUUACAAGAACCAGACAGAACAAGACCAACGGCCUUGUUUUCUGUCAUGUGCUAUAAUGUUCUUUGUGAUAAAUAUGCGACCCGGCAGUUAUACGGCUACUGUCCAUCAUGGGCGUUAAACUGGGACUACAGGAAAAAGGCCAUUAUUCAAGAAAUCUUGAGCUGCAAUGCUGAUAUUAUCAGUCUUCAGGAGGUCGAAACAGAACAGUAUUACAGUUUUUUUCUGGUAGAACUGAAAGAACGUGGCUAUAAUGGAUUCUUCAGUCCUAAGUCUAGAGCUAGGACGAUGUCGGAACAAGAAAGAAAGCAUGUUGAUGGCUGUGCAAUAUUCUUCAAAACAGAAAAAUUUACUUUGGUUCAGAAACACACUGUUGAAUUUAACCAACUAGCAAUGGCGAAUUCAGAAGGGUCUGAAGCUAUGCUGAACAGAGUCAUGACGAAAGAUAACAUUGGAGUUGCUGUACUGCUAGAACUUCGAAAGGAAUUAAUUGAGAUGUCAUCUGGAAAACCACAUCUGGGAACAGAAAAACAACUUAUUCUUGUGGCUAAUGCUCAUAUGCAUUGGGACCCUGAAUACUCAGAUGUGAAGUUGGUACAAACUAUGAUGUUCCUCUCAGAAGUGAAGAAUAUUAUUGAUAAAGCCUCUCGGAGCCUCAAAUCCAGUGUAUUGGGAGAAUGUGGAACUAUUCCGCUUGUGUUAUGUGCAGAUCUGAAUUCUUUGCCAGACUCUGGUGUUGUAGAGUAUUUGAGCACUGGUGGGGUAGAGACCAAUCAUAAAGACUUUAAGGAACUGAGGUACAAUGAAAGUCUCACAAACUUCAGCUGUAACGGGAAGAAUGGUAUGACCAAUGGAAGGAUCACUCAUGGUUUCAAGCUAAAGAGUGCCUAUGAGAAUGGCCUGAUGCCUUACACGAAUUACACAUUUGAUUUCAAGGGUAUAAUUGACUACAUCUUCUAUUCUAAACCUCAGCUGAAUACUUUGGCCAUCCUGGGACCUCUGGACCACCAUUGGCUAGUUGAAAAUAAUAUCAGCGGCUGCCCACAUCCACUUAUUCCCUCCGACCACUUCUCACUUUUUGCACAAUUAGAGCUCUUACUGCCUUUCCUGCCCCAAGUUAAUGGUAUUCACCUUCCUGGCAGGAGGUAGUCAAGUACUUUCAGAGGACCUCAGAUUUACUUGUAAACUCAUGAAAAUCUGAAUAUAGAGGAGUGAGGUAUGGCCAAUAGGAAUUUUUCUCAAUGAUCAUUUGAAUUUUCAGUCUGAUUAUUUGAAAAAGGAUAUAGUAUGAAAGCCAGGUGCUAGCAACAGACAAAUUCUGAGCCCAGUAUGCUUUAUAUACUGCUAGACAGGGACUGGUGUGUUUACACCUAUCUUUUAAUUUGUUACCAGUAAUUUUCCUGUUUCUUCUCUCCAAUGUAUAUUGUCAUGCCUUGAAAUAGGAAGAUUUGUGAGCAGUGUGCUAUUUGCACAGAAAUCACAGCACUGUUGUCUGAGGCCAGUAGUCACACCCGAAACCACUCUUCCAGACUGUACUCCUCUUUUUUUCAGACUUGUUUGUAAAAUGAUAGUUUGAAUUUAGUCUUUAUGAUUGUAUAUGAUCCACAGAAGACAUGAUUUAUGAAAUUUUGUACUUAAAAAAAAUGAAAACAAUUGUAAGCUAAGGGGUUUUUUUUUGUUUUGUUUUGUUUUGUUUUUUAACCUGUGUCCUAUGUUCUGAAAGCCAGCUGGUAACAAAGUUGCAACAGACUUUCUCUGCAGUGAUUUGCACUGUUGGGGUUUUGUUAGCCCUUUUGUACUACUUUAUUUUUAAAUUGAGAACAUUACUCUUUAAAUGUAAGUUUGCUUAGAUCUUGGGAUAUUUUCUUGGACCAGAGGCAACUUAUGUAUGAAUUCCUGAAUUUCUAUGGAAACUUUCUACCAGGACAGAUAAGCUGAUCUGUAGGCAUUAUGGACUGAAUAAGAUAGUUGACAUAUGUACAUUUUGGUAUUUUUAAAUCUUUAACUUUUUAAGUUAAAAAUUUACAGCUGUUUAGGUACAGCUUCUAAGUUCUUCCUGAGACAUGUUCUGUUCUGUCUCCACUGUGCCUGCCUAAAUUUGUUCUCACCAAGCACUGCCUGUGCAUGCAGAGAAAAUCUGUGCAUCUUUUAUAUUUUUUAAAAACUAACAUUUGUGAGACUUUUAUGAAAAUGCUUUUGUAUGAGCUGUGGCUUUUCCUCGUUGUGAAGCGUUGGAUAGCACAUUCUGGAACAUGUUCUUGGGUCCUGGGUCUUUGCUCACAGACCUAAGCACUGCUUCUUGGUGCCAUUGCACCCAGAGUACCACUAUCAUGUGUAUUCCUUAUUUUCUUAUGUUUUUAAAAAUCAUUCCUUUUUUAAAAGAAGAAUAAUUUUCUGUUUAUGAAGCAGUAUAAAUUAGAUGCAUUUUCAAAACAAGUUCCCUAAGACAAUUGUUCGGAUCAUUUUUAAAGUGACUAAGGAAUUAUAAUAUGUCAACCAAGAUGAAAGUUAUACUGUACCCUAUAUUUUGCCCAUAGUGCCAUUAGUAGAUUAGAAAUUAAAGUCACCUUUAACUUUACAAAGUUAACUUGUAUAUGUUCUGUUCUCAGUCAUUGGUUCUCUCAAAAUCAAAUGAAUUCAGAGGGAACUUGUCUGGCUGCUUUUGUUUCAACUGCAGGCAGUGGAGCAGAAGAACGCCGUGUGGCACUAAAAUGAACUGUUGAGUAGUAACAGUUUUAUACAGAGACUGAGCCAUUUUGGAUGACUCAAAAUUUUAUGAGAAAACAUUUAAUUGCUUAUGCUGUUUUUAAGAGGAAAUAAAAUUACAUACUGUUUAAA